AUGGCCGUUGCCGACACUCGAUUCAAGCUCAACACUGGAGCAGAGAUCCCUGCACUGGGUCUCGGUACCUGGCAAUCCGCCCCCGGUGAGGUUGAGAAGGCUGUCAGCCACGCCAUCUCGGUGGGAUACAGGCACAUCGACGGCGCUUUCUGCUACCAGAACGAAAAUGAGGUCGGACAGGGAAUUAAGGAGGCCCUGGCCUCUGGAAAGGUGAAGCGGGAGGACCUUUUCGUUACCACCAAGCUGUGGUGCACUUAUCACAGCCGAGUGCAAGAGGCUCUGGACCAGAGUCUGAAGAACUUGGGCUUGGACUACGUUGAUCUGUACUUGAUGCACUGGCCAUUGGCCAUGAACCCCAAGGGAAACCACCCUCUCUUCCCGAAGCAUGAAGAUGGUUCUCGAGACAUCGACCACUCGCACUCUCACGUCCAAACAUGGAAGAACAUGGAGAAGCUCCUCUCUACAGGAAAGGUCAAGGCCAUCGGUGUCUCUAACUACAGCGUGCGUUAUCUGGAGCAAUUGCUUCCUGAGGCUACCGUGGUCCCUGCAGUCAACCAAAUUGAGAACCACCCCUCUCUCCCACAGCAGGAGAUUGUCGACUUUUGCAAAAAGAAGGGUAUCCAUAUUACCGCCUACAGCCCUCUGGGAAGCACUGGUAGUCCGCUGUUCACAGCGGAGCCUAUUGUUGAGGUCGCAAAGAGGAAGGGAGUUAGCCCCGCCACGGUUCUUCUCAGCUGGCACGUUGCCCGUGGAUCCUCCGUUCUCGCCAAGUCCGUCACACCUGCUCGUAUUGAGGCCAACCGCAACUUGGUUCAGCUCGAUGAGAAGGACAUGGCCACCAUUGCUAAAUACACCGAUGACCUCGCAGCCAGAAAAGCCUUCCAGCGCUUCGUCUACCCUCCCUUUGGUGUCGACUUCGGAUUCCCCGACAAGUCAUAA